AUGACGUUGGAAGAUCCACAGGAUCAGGACUUCAUGACACCAUUCAAUGCUCUAAAGUCAUCAGUGCUCGAACAGAUUGCUGACCUCAUCGAAGAGUUAAAGGUGUUGCACAAGAGUAUCUCUGAGCAAUACAAAGAACAUAUACAUGCAAACGAGGUUAUCAUGACACUUGGAUGUUCACGUACAGUUGAGGAGUUCCUCAAGGAGGCAGGUCGCAAGCGUAAAUUCGGUGUGAUCGUUGUCGAGACUGCACCAUCUUUGGAAGGACACACUACAGCAUUGAAUCUAUCAAAGGCAGGAAUAGAUACUACUCUGAUCAGUGACAGUGCAAUCUUUGCGAUGAUGUCUCGUGUGAACAAGGUGAUCAUUGGAACACAUGCAGUGAUGGCCAAUGGUGGACUGAUUGCUACAUCUGGAACACAUAUGCUGGCGGUCGCUGCCAAGUACCACUCGGUACCAGUGAUGGUGUGCACAGGUCUCUACAAGCUCUGUCCACUCUACGCCUAUGAUCAGGACACCUACAACGACUAUGGAUCACCCAAUGCCUACCUAGCCUUCAAAGAGGCUGAGCAUCUGGAGCAGGUACACAGCUACAAUCCCAACUUUGACUACAUCCCACCAGAGUUGGUUAGUUUAUUCGUCACCAAUAUUGGUGCACACAAUCCAUCGUAUAUCUACCGUUUACUCCAGGAGUACUACUACCCAGAGGAUACGCUCGAAGACGACGACAACGCCACUACAACAUUGUAG